UGUCAACAAGUCAAAUGGAUGGUAGCAAYAACUGAAUGGAUCAAGUACCACACACGUGACUAUAAUGAUAGUCAUGAAGUAUCUAAAAUAGCACCAUAUCACGAAGUUGGUGACAUCAAUCAAGGGAAUCACUAUGUAUUACUGCUACUAUCAAAGUUGCAACUACACUCUGACAGACAAGAAAGGUGUUUUCCAGUCCCCUGGCUUCCCUGGUAAAUACCCGGAUGGACAGCUGUGCUCGUGGAGGAUCAUGGUCCCCGAUAAUCACACCGUACGUGUUCACUUCACUCACUUCUCUUUGGAUGAAAACGACACACAAGAUGUUUUAGAAUGGUACAAAUCUAUCAACAGCUCAUUCCAACUAAAAGAAACUCUACAUGGAUUUAUACAGCCCUUCACUCUUACGGAAACCUCUGACUUAUUAUUCAAAUUUGUUUCAAACGAAGAAGGCCACACUUUAGGAUUCAGAGCAGAGUAUACUGUAUUCAUACCAGGUGAAACAACACUGGAACCACCUUCUUCAACACCAGAAGCAUCUAAUUCACCUACCACUAAUACUAACACACCCAUACCAACAGAACACAUAUCAGAAAUAACAACCGAAUCCACCAUGUCUAGGAAUCGUACUGCAUUUGCCCUUGAAGCUCAGUGUAAAGGGGUUGGCACGAUUGUUGUCAUAGUGAUACCACUGGCUUGUGUGGUGUUCGUCGUCAUCGUGAUCAUCAUUGUUGUGUACCGAUAUAGAUUAGCACGAUCAAAGGGCGAAAAGAAAGAAGAAAGGAUAGAAGACAAAAUAGCAGCGAAUCCAAUCUAUGAUCAAGGAGAUAUUUUACUGACCGAACGAGGAAGCAUAACAACAAUCAACACGACCAUGGACUUCAAUGGCGGACAAAUGUACCAAACGCUAUCACAUGAUCAAAAGACAACAACAAACGACGAAUACCAUAGUGAUUGUCAGAUGUACCAGAGUCUGUCACGUGACCAGAAACCCGGAUGUGACGGUCGUAAAGAAAUGGACGACCCGAGUACGGACUUUGGGCGCCCAACAUAUCAUGAGCUGGAGCCCGUGGACCAUAAGGUCCCUGACGUGGUGUACGGUGUGUUAGAGGGACCAGAUCCUAACGAUGGACCAUCAGGUGAUCAAGUGUACCAGGCGGUAGAUGAAAACACUACCCAUGAACCUUUUUACCAGUAUACGGCCCCAGGUACCAUGGUAACGCAAAAUCACUUGUAUGACAGUUUCACCUGAGAGCAAAGGGAGCAAGGACAAUCAAAGUGGAUAUAGAGUUUAUCCGGCCCAUUUUUGCGUUUACUAAUUGUGAAUUGUCAAUCGAUCCAUGCAAUGCAUAUUUUUAUGAUUAAUUCUUAUCAUUAUUCUCAUCAAAAGAACAUGUUGAGGGCUGAUUUUCAACUAAAAAUACACCAACAUAUUUUGGUCUAUAAAGACUUCGUUCAAUCCUUCAUAAUUAUCAGUUGUUUAAAACAAAAAAAGCGAAAAGCCAUAUGAUUAUUGUAAUACUUGCAAUUGUAUAUAUGAUAUAGGUCAUGUGCAAAUAUAUUAUUUCAGAUUGCUAUUCUGACCGAGUUUUAAUGGACAUUUUAUGAGUUGGAGGAGAGGGGAGGGUCAGGGAACGGUACACUAAAAUCUCAGCAUACAAUGCAUUCAACCCCUUCCCCCUCCCCCCCAACUUACUGAUUAAAACUUCCUCUCCUCCUAGUUUCCGGUGCUUUAUGAUGACUGACGUAGAGCCUCAAGCAUCAAUACCUAAGAAAAAUAUCAUAGAUUAAAAGAAAGAAACUGCUAAAA